UUCCAUAAGGAUGAAUCGUGCCAACUGACAGCUUUUGUCUGACAGAUGAAUAAAAUCAAAAUAAAUAAAUAUCAAAUGAUUAGUUUAUUUUCUUUUCUUAUUGUUUAUUAAAAAUAUUUAACAUAAAACUAAUCAAGAUGCUAAAAGUAUUACGUUAUAAUCCUGUAUCUACAUGUAACAUUUUCGUUCCCAUCAGUCAUCAAAAACGAACAUUCUGGGAAUAUGUGAAUAUGAUGUUUAACAAACCAGACCCUGACAGAAUUAAAAACCUUGGCCCAGACCGUGCCUGUGCUGAAUGGGUGUUGCGAAAUGGUGGCAAAAUCGUAUGGGCUAACGGCACUACACUGGCCGAUUACAAUUUGCUGCCUUCAGAAGAUCGACCAGUCCCCAAAGUUGUAGAAAUUGAUGGCACUGAUUCUUCCAUAUCACAUUAUGGUUUUCCUCAUUUAAAGGGUCUUACAAUGCUAAAGAAAAUCAUUCUGCACAAUGAUAACUAUAUAGAUGACAGAGCACUACAAGGCUUGUCUUAUGGAAAAGAGUCCUUAGCUUAUGUCCAAGUGUCCAAAUGCUGCAAUGUUACCGACAAUGGGCUCAAGGAGAUUAAAGUUUUAGAUAAACUAGAGACUUUGGUAGUUUUUGAAUUAUCAAGUGUUUCUAAUAUUGACGACUGCAUAAAAUACCUCCAGAAUCAUUUACCCAAAUGUAAAAUAGAAGGCAAAACUGAAACAUAGUUUUUUUGGAUUGAAAGAAACUGGCAUCUCACAAAAAUGUUAUUUAUGAAAUAUUAUUAUUAGAAUAAGUGUAUUUUGUUGAUUUCUAUUAUGUAAAUGAAAUCAAAUGUUGCAUAUUUA